AUAAAUCUAAUCCAUUUCAUUGACUCUAAUCAUAUCUUACAGACAUCAUUUAUAAAUAAAAGCAUUUGUUUCGGGAGUGCCGUUCAAGUCAUCGGAUUCAAGUUAUAGUCCGCGCGCGAUUAUAGUGCAUUAUUCGCGAGUAUUUUACGCGAGUGUCAAGUGCGAGAGGAUGUCAACCAUAUUCUGAGAGGAGGAGGAUGUCUGAAAAAGACAUCGGGUGGAGAAACCUUGCGUCAUUUGCAGAUACAAUAAACAAUGGAGCAUUCUUAUGACCACAAAAUGUGUUGCGAAGGGGCUGCGCGAUAUAAUGUCUGUCAGAAUAUAGACGAACUUUAUUUCGAACGCGGGCUUUGGACGGCAGCGCUGGAUGGUGACGAGGAUCGUGUUCUUAAGCUACUGCAGAAGGGUGUCUUCGUCGACACGCCGGACACGACUGCCGGCUACACAGCGUUACAUUACGCAACGCGGAGUGGGCAUUACCACGUGUGCAAGAUUUUGCUACAGCAUGGUGCGAAUGUGAACGCGUGCACCCGCAGCCUGAGAGCGACGCCUUUGCAUCGCGCAGCCAGCAUGGGCCAUGUUAAAAUCCUCAAGCUAUUGCUUACUUAUAAAGCAGAUCCCAAUCUGAUAGAUGUAGACGGCAGGACAGCUCUGCAUCGGGCUAUUCCAACGAUAGCCGGAUCCGCAACAAUGACUGAAGGCGUCGAGAUCCUUCAGUCAUUGUUGCGGAUCACUGAUCGCACCAUCAAAGACAAAACCGGGCAAACUGUCGAUGACGUGUUUGAAAGUUGGAAAAUGACGCAGAGUGAAGACGAAAAAAUAAAAAUAAUGGAGAGAUUGUUUUAUCAUAAUCAGGAAUAAUAAGUUGAUAUAUCGAAUUGGAGAGAAAUAAAAAUAUUAUAAAAGUAUGUAUACUUGUAUCAAGACUUGUUUUCACGCUUAUAAAUAAACAAAAAUGAAUCUCUAUAAUAUAUGUCGGAUAGAUAAUAAUCUGCGAAAUCUGAUAAAGUCUGCGAAAAGACUUCUCGAUGCUCAAGAAAUAGGAUGAAAAACUGUAUGACUGUUUGAAGGAACUUCCGAAUUCUAAUGUAAUAAGAAUUAUAUUAACAACGUGAUAAAAAUAUAAU